AUGCUUCUUCCUACUGGAUAUAAUUCUAAUCAACCUCCUUUUACUGAAAAAUUUUAUAGAUUAUCAAAAGGAACAUUAGAAGAAUCAGAAGAUGAUGGAAAAGAAAUCAUUAUAGAUGAAGAUGAAGAUAAUGAUAUAUUUGAAGUAGAUGAAUUAG